UCGCAGUGCAAACAAGUCGGCGAUGAAGCGGUUUCUGUUGGCCUUAUUGGCCGCUCUGCUGGUGGCCGCUGUCCAGGGCGGAAUUCUGGGUAGGAUUUUCCACCGCGACAGCACCUCUACAACAACAACAACAACCACAACGACAACAACGGAGGAGCCCCGUCGUCCAUUCUUCAUCAACAACAAUGUGCCAGCCAUCGAGGAAGGCUGUGUGGCGCAGUUUAAGUGCAAAAAGAAGCUUACCCAGGUGCCGGUACCUCGUCCCUGCGUGAAGUACUGCCUGCAUCGUAUCACCUGUCCUAACAACCAAACGACCACGGCCAAGCCCAACCAGUGUGUCGAUCUCGAUGAGCAGCAGGUGCUGGAAGCCUACCACUCGUCCACGGAGCCACCAAGCCCAGCAGGACAAGCUGUGACCGAGAAAGUCAUGAUGGUGGCCAUGAUCGAUUUCCCCUGCCAACCGGGCUAUCUGCCUGACCAUCGUGGUCGUUGUCGGGAAAUCUGGUAAUACGACGGCGCCUAUCGUGACACAUGUCUACUGCAUAAUUAUACUUGUGGAACUUUUUUUUCUAUAAACAUGCAUACUCUGAAUAAUCACAAUAAAACCCCAAUGAACUGCUUUCGCCCAAAGAUCAGGCCCGUGCUCGGACACAGCGAACAAUUUGAUAGGUGUUUGGUGUAAACAAGUCUAAUCUGGCAGGCAAAACAAAUGGUAUGGUUAUGGUGGUGAUGGCUUUUGUUAUCAGUGAAUACAACAUUUCAAAUUGGGGUUUCUUAACAGUUUGAGUGUGGGAAAUUCGUAAUCUAAAAAGUAAUGCAAAACAAGCUAUUAAUGAUCAGAAACUUAGAAUGUUACAUGUUAAUACUUUUUUAAGGUUCCUUAACUUAAAUAGUAUAGCUUAAUGUCCUACUAAUAUCAGCUGAAAUAAAAUAUAAUGCAACUUUAA